ACCCCAAGAAAGUGUACAGUUAAACGGCGACAGUUACCGAAACUUAUCAAAGCUGGCUAUCGCUACUUCCAAGCUGUAUUCCCAGGCUCCGUUACGAGUGUCCACAAGGCCGGUGUUACACCUAUGACCUCCGCCCUAAUUGCGGGACUGAUCCGCGUUGAGUAUUAAAAAAAAAAAUGACGGCGACGACGACGGAUCAUUUAUCGUAUUCGUGUCGUUGAGUGGUGGUGGUCGGACCGAAUAUUCCACAACCCCUGAACGAGGACGGGAAUAUACUAUAUAUUCCUCUCACUGUCCUGCUAUACUACAUAUGAACACAACCGACAGACGAGCCUCUCCGGCCGUGUCCGUACCUGUUCAUGACAGACCCUCUAUUUUUCAGCGUUAAUUUGGGAGUGGAUCCAAUGGCUACACUGGCCGAGCACGCGGCUGAUUUCAGCGGCAUGCUAGCCGCCGGUGGCAUGGGCCUGCCACAACCCAUGGCCGCCAUGGCCACCACAGCCAUGCCGUUGGCCUUGCACCCGCACCAUCAGUCCGUCCGCGGUCCGCCGGCGGGUCUCGUGAAAAUCGCUCAGCCCCAACCGGCCGCCGCGGUGACGGUCAAGGCCGGUUCGCCGUUACACAACGGCGCGAACUCGUCGCAAGAAAACGCUGCGGCCGUGGCCGCCGCCGCGGCAGCCGCGGCGUCCCAACACCAACAACAGGCACAGAUCAACAACAACAACGGCAACAAACAAAACGGUAUGGAGUCUUCGUCGGCUCCUUCGCCCAGCGGCCGAUCGACGCCCAACAGCAGCACCGAGGGCACGUCGGCCAAACUAUUCGUGGGCGGCCUAAGCUGGCAAACGUCCGCCGACAAGCUCAAACAGUAUUUCGGCAUGUUCGGAGACGUUACCAACGUACUCAUCAUGAAGGACCCCAUCACACAGAGGAGUCGCGGUUUUGGAUUCAUCACGUUUUCGGACGCCGAGACUGUAGAGAAAGUGUUGGCCGUGCCCAUUCACACGUUGGACGGCAAGAAAAUCGACCCGAAGCACGCGACGCCCAAGAAUCGUCCAAAGGCCGGCAGCAAGACCAAAAAGAUAUUCGUGGGCGGCGUCAGCCAAGACACCACUGCUGAAGAGGUGAAGGCUUACUUCAGCCAGUUUGGCAAGGUAGAAGAAACGGUGAUGCUCAUGGACCAGCACACUAAGCGUCACCGCGGCUUCGGGUUCGUGACGUUCGAGAACGACGAUAUUGUUGACACCAUUUGCGAGAUACACUUCCACACCAUCAAGAACAAGAAGGUCGAGUGCAAGAAGGCGCAGCCAAAGGAGCUCGUUCAACCGGCGGCCGCCGCAGCGGCGGGUUUGUUGUUGGGCAAGCGCCCGGUGCUGGUAGGAGGCCCGUUGGGCGUCCGCGUGGCUGCGUCGCCCGUGUCGCAGGCCACACAUCAGUUGGCCGCCGUGCAACAGGCCCAGGCCCAGGCGCAGGCUCAAGCUCAAGCCGCCGCGGCCGCAGUGGCCGCUCACAAUUACAACAAGCUGUUCGCCACGUACCCGGGAUUGGCCAGCUACCGUUACUCGCCGUACCCCGUGCCGGUGACCGCAGCGGCGGCACCGCAGGCAGCCGCCGCCGCUCAACCGGUGCAAGCCGCCGCAGCCGCCGCGGCCACUCAAGCCGCGUACCCGGCCUACAGUCUUUCCGGCAUCGACAUGAGUGGCUUCCAAGGCAUCGACUGGUCGUCCAUGUACGGUAUGGGCGGCAUGUACGUUUAGACGUGUUGGUCAGGUCAAUUUCAAUUGCGAAUAAACAUUCUUUUUGCUCAGAUACAUUCUAUCAUUGAAAUUAUUUUUUUAAAUUCGACAUACAUACAUACAAAAAAAAAAUGCUACCGACUACUUAAAAAACAUAGCAACGAAACAAACUAUCCAAUAAACGGCUUAUCAUCAUAUUUAUUAUUAUUAUUAUUAUUAUACACUUUUUUUUGUUGUUUAUUUUUUCACAAAUCGACGGGCUGACAGCCACACAGAUUCUUUGGAGAUCAAUCCGCGCGUGUGCCAUACCACUGCCUCAUUGUCGUGAGUUAUAUUUUCAUUGGAUAUAGAAAACGAACGAUUUCUAGUCAGUUAUUUUUAUUAUUAUUAUUAUUAUUAUAUUAUAACUAAUGUGUAUUACUUUUUUUUUUUCUUUUUCAAUUACUAUUAAUUAUAAAAAAUAUUUUUCGAUUUUCUAAAUAGUAGUGUGAUUAGUGUCUUAAUCAACGUCGUGUUAUUGUAUUAGUUUUCAUGUAUUGUUUGUCUAAAAACAAAUUCCAAAUGAUCAGUAGAGAAAAUACAUUCCAUUAAGGACCAAAGCUCAUAUACAAAAAAAAAACUGUGCGUUCGUCUUGAUAAUUUUAUCAUAUAUUAUUUUCCGUUAUAAAUUAACACCUGAUAAAUUGGUUUUCUCUUUCUUUCAUUCUCACUCGCCGCUCACUCUUUUUAACUGCUAUUUCUUCUCUCUAAACGCGCGUAACGCAAACAUAUUUCUGCAGUGUUAUAUUAUCAUCUAUAUGUUUUGCUUUGUAUUAUUUUUGAAACGCUUAACACAAACUUCGUUGUAUGCAACUCGUUCGAUGUAAUAAUAACAAUUCGUUGUUAUAUUAUAUUAUAAUAUUAUUCAGUAGUGGCCACACAACUUAAAUGGUUAACACAAAUUUUCUUCAACGCGAUUACAGCUCUUUAGUGUGUAAUAUUUUUUUGUUAAUCGCAUAUCUUUCUCUCCUCUCACUAAUAUUCUGCUUGUUUAUGUACUUGCAUACAAAUGUUCAAUAAUUUAUUGUACUAUGUUUUUUUUUUUUUUUUUUAAAUACUUCUUAGCCAUCGGCCAUAGAUCUUAGAUUGUUUUCAUUCGUGUCUCUUACGUUGUAAUAAUUGGUAAUCUCAUUCGAGUUCGAUGUAAUAGUAUUUAGUUAGACACUAAGCGAGCCCAGAAAUAUAUAUACAUGUAUAUAUAUUUCUGUAUUUAAUAGUACUAAUAUUUAAAAAAAAAAAAAAACUUUAUAAUAAACAAACAAACAUAAUAUUUUAGUUUUUCGGUGCGUAUCAUAAUAUAAAUAGUUAUUUUUUAGUUGUUAGAAUUAAUGUAAAACAAGUAAAAAAAAAUUUACGAAAAGCACUGAUUCGACUGGACAAUACUAAUUAGAAAACAUUACUUUAUUAUUAUCAUUAUUAUGUAUGUAAAGCAAUAAUACUUAAAAGGUUAUUGAUCUCUUUGUUUACUAUUAUUAUUAAUUAAUUAUUUUUUUUUUAAUCUUAAUUUUUCUUAGUCUAGUUUUGAUAGUUGGUAAGCCCUCUAUUUUUGUAAUAUUUUGAGAGUUAAAUAAUAAUAAAAAAAUUUAAAAAUAAUAAUUAUGAAACUCGCACAUAUUAUUAAUAUUAUAUUAUAUAUUAUUAUUUGUAAUAAUAAUAUAUUUGUAUUAUUAUGCGUAUUUAUAAUACGAAAGAGGGUUAGCAAUGCUUUUACUUACUCCGGCGUUAUAUUUUACUAAUAUCUCGUGUAUCCUAGUUCUUUAGAUUUAACUAUUUUGUUUUUCACUAGUACUUAAAUUACAACUACCUGUAUUAGAUGUAUAUUUUUUAAUGUCGAUGUCAUAUUUUUUAGACUUUGGUGUGUAUUUUAACAG